CCUGGGCGGUUUCAAGAGAGCUUAUUUUUUUUUUCCUCGAAGUGGCAUGGAAGUGAAAGAGCUCCGGUUCAUCGACGGCCUGUGCAUUCGCUCAUUUUUCCCUGAAUCCCUCAUUCGCUCUACUCUGGCCUACAGUCCUCGCCCUGAUGACAUCUUCGUCGUUUCGUACCCAAAGUGUGGCACGACUUGGACGCAGUACCUAGUACUCAGCGUACUCACGGACGGAGAACCACCUACACGCCUCGAAGACUUCAUGCUGGCCUCACCAUACAUGGAAAUGAUGGGUGCCGAAGCAGCAGAAAAAAUGCCGAGACCAGGACUGCUCAAAACGCAUCUGCCCUUUGACAAGCAACCAUACUCUAAACAAGCCAAGUACAUCUACGUCGCGCGGAACCCCUACGACGUCUGUGUGUCGUACUACUAUUUCCUCAAAAGCAUGACACCGAAAAGAGUUAAGGACGUCUCAUUUUCGAAGUUUCACCAACUCUUUGUCUCAGGCAGUGUGUCCUACGGCGACUACUUCGACCAUUUGCUUUUGUGGUACAAACACCGCCACGACAACAACGUGCUGUUCUUGACCUAUGAACAGCUGAAGAAGGAACCUGGGUUUUGGGCACUGAAGAUCGCCAAUUUCCUGGGCGGAGAUUACGCAGACCGCUUGCGGGAGGACCCCGUUUUGCUUCAAAAAGUUCUUGACGCAACAAUGCUCGAGAAAAUGAAGCAAGUAUUUAACGGCAAGAUGUUCACUGUCAUUAAGCGGCUGCUGGACCUACCCCCUGACAGGGCUAUCAAAUCAAUGGAAGUCUACAGGAGUAAGUUGGCGCAUCGUGAAGAAAUGCACGAAGAUUGUGGCUUCGUGCGCAAGGGAGUCGUAGGCGACUGGAGAGCUCACUUCAGUAAGGAGCAGAUCAAGAAAACAAAGUCGUGGAUUGCGAGGAAGACCGAAGGUUCUGAUGUAAUGGAGUUGUGGAAAGACCUCCACCUACCAUGACAAGUGCUCAUAAGAACGGCUCUGUGAGCUGUUACAGUAGUGGACACGAAAGCCUGCACCGUGCUGUAUGAUUUCUGUGUAGUGAAAUCACUUAUUACACCAAAAAUUUAUGCACUGAAAUAUAGCCCUUACCUUCACUUCCACAAGAAAACAGAGACUUCACUGUGAAUAUGACUUGUAGCAUCCACAAAAGGUUCAAGGCAGCCUCUCAGGAACAUACGC